AUGAGUUCUCAGAAUUUAAUGUCGAGUGAAAAAGAGAAGAUUCGAAGGUUUCGUAGCUUCCAUAGCGAUGGAGCAUCUAGCACAGAGGUAGGCAGCGGGGCUGCCAGGGGUUAUGGCAGCGUGGAGGUCCUGGUCAAGCCAGCUAUGGGUGCCAGAGAAAAGGCGGCGCUGAUGUGGGGUCGCAGAGCGAAGGCGCAUAUAAGGCCGGGUGCUGCUGGAGGGGCAACCAUGGCACUAGGCGUUGCUGGAAGGGCACUUAUGGUACUGGUCGCUGUUGGAGGGCGCCCAUUUUGCCGACCACAACUAGAGAGAUGUCCAUAG